AUGCUUGGUGGUGUUAGGAAAAAUGUCUUAGGAAACUUGAUGGCGCAGGAAACACAUUUUGGAUGGAUUUUGACUGGUCCACUUCCUAACUCGAACAAAGAAGUUUUCACAACAAGUGUUUCGUAUUUUACUGAUGAUAGUUUGGACAAGCAACUCGAGAAAUUUUGGACCUUGGAAGAACCGCCGCAACAUUCCCGACUCACACCAGAAAAUGAAUAUUGUGAAGAACAUUUUAAGAAUACAGUUAAGAGAAAUUCUGAAGGUCGUUAUGUUGUCUCACUACCUUUCGAACAGCAGUAUUCGACUGAUAGGUGUUUAGGACAUUCGCGUGAGAAAGCCAGGAAACAGUUUUUGCGAAACGAGAUUUCCCUGAAAAGAAAUCCUGAGUUGAAAUUGAUCUAUGAUAAUGUUCUUUCCGAAUAUGAUGUUUUGAACCAUAUGGUCGAGGCUGAAUUUAAUGAUUCAGACUUUUCAGAGACAUAUUAUUUGCCACACCAUGCAGUUUUUAAGCCUGAAAGCUCUUCAACGAAAGUAAGAGUUGUUUUUAAUGCGUCCAGCCGGACUACAACUGGGUUGAGUCUUAAUGAUAUAUUGUACCCUGGACCUAUUUUGCAAAAUGACUUGAUGUUGCUAAUAAAUAGAUGGCGUUUCUAUCGAUAUGUUUUUAAUGGUGACAUUGAAAAAAUGUAUCGCCAGAUUCUAAUUGAUCCCAAAGAAACGAAACUUCAAAAAAUUGUAUUUCGUAAGAACCACAGCUGUGAUUUGGUAGAUUUUGAAUUAAAAACAGUUACUUUCGGUGUUAAUUGUGCUCCUUUUUUGGCCAUCAGAACUCUACUUCAGUUAGCUGAAGAUGUCGAAGACAAAUGGCCGUUAGAUUCAAAAAUUUUACGCCGCAUGAUGUAUGUGGACGAUGCUCUCGCAGGAGCACAUGAAGUUUCGUUGGCGAUAAAAGCUCGUGAUCAAUUGAUCCUAGCAUUAUCAUCCGCUGGAUUUUCUAUGAGGAAAUGGACCUCAAAUGCUGAACAAAUUAUUUACGGUUUACCAGCAGAUCAUCUUUUGAAUGAAAACUUUUUAGAAAUUAAUGAUGAAAGUGUGCCAAAAACUCUAGGUAUACGAUGGAAUGCAAAACUUGAUGAAUUUUAUUUUGCUACUUCCACAAUAUCAUUGAAAGAAAAUUUUACAAAACGGGAAGUUCUAUCUACUAUUGCCAAACUUUUCGAUCCAGCUGGAUGGUUAGGACCGAUAGUAGUUAUAGCAAAAAUAUUGAUGCAACAAAUUUGGAGUGAGGGAACUGAUUGGGAUGAAAUUAUUUCAAAAGAUGCUGGGAUAAAAUGGAGACAAUUUCUUGUUGAUUAUGAAUCGAUAAACGAUAUUCAUAUUUCUCGUUGGGUAGGAUUCAAACCUACGACGACACUUGAAGUUCAUGGGUUUUGUGACGCUUCUGAAAAGGCUUAUGGAGCUUGUAUUUACGUACGAGUCCAUAAUGGAGUUAAUGCAAUACAUUCGCAUUUAUUACUAGCCAAAUCAAGAGUUGCCCCUCUCAAGACUAUUUCGUUACCACGUCUGGAACUUUGCGGAGCUCUUUUACUAGCAGACUUACUGGAAGUUGUUAGAAAAGAUUUAGAUUUGAACCAAAAUGAGACACGAUUUUUCACUUGGAGCGACUCAAUGAUUGUUUUAGCUUGGCUUCAGAAGCCACCAAAUUCGUGGACUACUUUCGUUGCUAAUCGAGUUUCGAAAAUUGUAGCAAAAACUGGCAAAGAAUGCUGGAGACAUGUGUGCUCAAAAGACAACCCGGCGGAUUUAAUUAGUCGUGGUGUUCGCCCACAAGAUUUGAUCGAAAGUCAUCUUUGGUGGAAUGGUCCUUCAUGGCUUCGUUCUCCUUCAAAUUAUUGGUUAUCUCCAACAUGUGUAGAUUUUGGCACAAGAGAAGAAGAGAGAACACCCAAAGUUUUUUUCUCGUAUUUUAAAACAUAUUCUGAUCUAUUGGAAAAUUUUUCAUCUUACGGCAGAGCUCUCAGAGUAAUGGCAUAUGUAGUUAGAGGAAUUAAUGGAAUUCUUAAAAUUAACCAACAUUUGUUUACUUCGUUGGACAUUUCAUCAGAUGAAUUAAAAUCUGUGAAGGAAAAACUUAUUAUUGUUGCUCAGAAAGUUGAAUUUGCUGAUGAAUAUCACAAACUUUCGAAAAAAAAUUGGUAA